UCUACUUUAAUGCAUUUCUUUCAGAAAUGAUUCUGUUACAUUUUCUACUAAGCUUAGUGCUCCUCAAAAGUGCCACAGAAUGUUCUUUUCUAAAGGGUUGCAAUUAUGGUGGAUCCUGCGUGGAUGAGAAAUGGCGAAACGACACUCAUUGGAAUAUCAUUUGCAUGGAAUGGAUGGAACUUGACAAAGGUGAAAUUGAUACCUGUCCAAAACCCUGGAAAUGCUGCCAUACUACGCAAUACGAAAAGAAGAUUCCGUAUCCAAAACACUAACCGUGAAGCCCUAAACUUAAAUUCAGCUACAAUAAAUGUGAAACUGGUUUCUCAUUUUAUGGGCCAAUAAAAUAAAUAAAGUCAAAACAAAAGGGCACGCGCUUCUCUUAAUCUUCAGUAAAACAAA